UGUGAGGUUUGUUUUUUUCUAUUUGGUUUGUUGAUUUAAUUAUUUUAUUUACCAUACCGAAUACCAAUAUGAGCCUAUGAUAACGAAAUACGGUGACGUGUGUGCUUUGCCGUAAGUGAAAGUAAAUGAUUAGUGGUAGGAGUUGUAAGCGAAGGCCUUCGAUAUUGCUUGUGUAUUUUGUCAAUCACAGUCUCUCGUCGGUCGCGGUUUAGUACACUCGAGUAAUCGGUAACGUUCUUCAUCUACAAUGUGUGGAAUAUUCGCAUAUAUUAAUCAUCUUACGCCUAAGACCCGGCGAGAAAUAUUGGAAUUAUUAGUGAACGGUUUGAAGCGUUUAGAGUACCGUGGUUAUGACUCGGCUGGUGUUGCGGUGGACGCUGCUGACUUAAAAGACAUUGCUGUUGUGAAACGAAGUGGUAAAGUUGCCGCUCUAGAAGAGCUACUUCAAGAACGCAGUGAGGAGCUUGCUGUUGACGAGAGUGUGGAGUCGCAUUGUGGUAUCGCUCACACCAGGUGGGCGACCCAUGGUGAGCCGAGUGCAGUUAACUCUCAUCCACAACGUUCAGGCGAAGACAAUUCAUUUGUCGUCAUUCACAAUGGCAUCAUCACCAAUUAUAAGGAAGUUAAAACAUUCCUUGAGAACAAGGGAUACACAUUUGAAUCCCAAACUGACACAGAAGCUAUUGCCAAGUUAAUUCAUCACAUUUACAGCCAACAUAAGGAAUAUAACUUUCAAGAACUUGCUGAACAGGUAAUCCAACAAUUGGAAGGUGCUUUUGCUCUUUGCUUUAAGUCUCGCUAUUUUCCUAAUGAAUGUGUGGCAACAAGGAGAGGUAGUCCCUUGCUUGUGGGAAUAAAAACAAAGAGACGUCUCUCUAGUGACCAUGUACCUAUCAUGUACACAAACAAUAAGAGUACUCGAGGUGUUGUGCCCCCAGUACCGAGAGUUAAUAGCCAUGCACAUUUUCAACCAGAAGAAGAACGGGAUGUAGAGUAUUUCUUUGCAUCUGAUGCUUCUGCUGUCAUUGAACAUACAAAUAGAGUCCUCUACUUUGAAGAUGAUGAUGUUGCUCACAUUAAAGAUGGUGUACUUAGUAUUCAUCGCAUGUCAGGAAGCAGUUCUGAUCCUCAUGAACGUGAAAUUUUUACUCUCAAACUUGAAUUACAACAGAUCAUGAAAGGAAAUUAUGACUAUUUUAUGCAAAAAGAAAUUUUUGAGCAGUCGGAAUCUAUUGUUAACACAAUGAGAGGACGACUCAACUUUGGAGAUGGUACUGUCACACUUGGUGGCAUUAAAGAUUAUAUUCCAGAAAUAAAACGGUGCAGAAGGUUAAUGCUCAUUGGUUGUGGAACAAGUUACCAUAGUGCAGUAGCAACAAGACAGCUGUUGGAAGAGCUGACUGAAUUACCCGUAAUGGUUGAGUUGGCGUCUGAUUUCUUGGACAGAAAUACCCCAGUAUUUCGUGAUGAUGUCUGUUUCUUCAUCUCACAAUCUGGGGAAACCGCAGAUACAUUAAUGGCACUUCGGUAUUGCAAACGUCAUGGAGCACUUAUUGUUGGUAUUACCAACACAGUAGGAAGUUCUAUCUGUCGUGAAUCACAUUGCGGUGUUCACAUAAAUGCAGGACCUGAAAUUGGUGUUGCCUCCACAAAAGCAUACACAUCACAGUUUGUUUCACUUGUAAUGUUUGCACUGGUCAUCAGUGAAGACCGUAUCUCACUGCAAAAACGCAGAGCUGAUAUUAUUGAAGGGCUACAUGAUUUAGACAAGAAAAUAAAGCAAGUGCUUGCCUUAGACGAUCAAGUUAAAACAUUGGCUCAAGAUCUUUACCGUCAAAGGUCCCUAUUAAUCAUGGGUCGUGGCUAUAACUUUGCUACGUGCUUAGAAGGAGCGUUGAAAGUUAAAGAGCUGACAUACAUGCACAGUGAAGGUAUAAUGGCGGGAGAGCUAAAACACGGACCACUUGCUUUGAUUGAUGACUCAAUGCCUGUCAUGAUGAUUGUAAUGCGUGAUCCUGUUUAUGUUAAAUGUAUGAAUGCCCUUCAACAAGUCACUGCACGUCAGGGUAGGCCAAUUGUUGUUUGUGAAGAAGGUGAUACCGAAACAGAGGCCUUAGCUUCUCGGGUCCUACAAGUGCCGAAGACCGUAGAUUGUUUACAAGGUGUCCUUACUGUUAUUCCUAUGCAAUUGUUAGCCUACCAUAUAGCAGUGUUGCGUGAAUGCAAUGUGGACUGCCCCAGAAACUUAGCCAAAUCUGUAACUGUUGAAUAGAUUUUGAUUUUAUUUAAUGAUUUAUUUGAUCUCUACUUUCAAUAUUAUAAUAUUUUUACAACAAACGCAAAAGGUAGAUGUAAACUUUUUAUGAAUCUGUGGCUCCAUUUUGAUAUUGUUGACUCCAUAUCAAUUAAAAUAGGUAAAAAUUUAUUAGUAGCUUCUUUUCCUACAUUCCAAAAUGCAUAAGGAUUACACAAAAUGAUUUGUAAAGCAUCUUAAUUUACAUUCCAUAUUGCCUAAUAAAUACCGGUUUUAAAUUGCGACAUUAUUAUCUGGUUUCGCCAAGGCCGCCUGUUGCGUUACUUCGUUGUAUCCUUUCCAAAUUCUCUUUGUCCCUCUCUGUUUCGAGUUUUUAAAUUCAUAGAGUUUUGUAAUUGCUAUGUUAUAUUGUUUAGAAAUGCUAGAUUAUUGUUAGAAACAAUAUUUUUUUAGGAUAAUCAUACUGUAUUUUUAGAAAUACUAAUAUAUUUAAAUAAAUCUAUUUUUAACAGCUUUUAUCGGAAAUAACUUUGUCUUUUAUGUUUCAAUCAUACAUAUGAAUCCAUUUGAUAUAGUUUUAUUUUAAAGUUUUAUUUAUAUUCACUUUCUUACAAAACAUGUAUGUACUAAUAAAAUGUAAAUGUAUUUUUGUUCAUUGGUUCACGUCAAGACGAAAAUUCAAUAUUUUAUUCUAAUUUCCUAAAAUAAAAUUUUGUUCUUAUUAAAAGUUAUCUAUGUAUCAUUAAUUUAAAGUUAAAUCCAUUAUACUAAAUAAUUAUGAAUAUAUGUAACAAAAAAGAUCUUCCAAACGGAAUAGCUUAUCAGAAAUCUGUUUGUACAGUUUAUAUCAGUAGGAAAAAUAUUAUUACCUACGUAUUUCCUAUAGAUAAUAUUAUUAUUAUGUUGUUAAAAUUUUUCUUAGAUUAGGCGCAAUAUAUUUCAUUUGAAUUAAUAUAUCGAUGUGUAUAUAUAUUUUAUUUAUCAAUGUUGUUGUUAUAUCUUGUGUAUGAUUGUUAAAUUACUUAAUUGAAAUUAUUUUGCCGCUUUAUACGGACGUAAUAUAAGUAAAAACAAAAAAAAAGAAUAUGUUCACGUGGAAUUGCUAGUCAAAAUUUUCUAACGAUGAUACUUUUAUAAUGUUCACGAUUCAAAAUACAAUAUGUUAGGAGUUAAGCGUAAAUAAAAAAAAAACGGCAUAAAUAUUUUGUAAAAUGUAUUUAUGAAUAUGUAUGUAUAAUUACUGUAGUGCUAGAAAUAGUUUAACAAAACAAGUAGUCUGACCUCAACAGGCCUUAUAACAAUCCGAUAAAUAUAAACUAACUCUCAGGAAUUUCAAAGACUAUGUAUACCUACUAUUAAUAAACGUCGCAUUUUUUCAAUUGAUUGCAGUAAGUACUGUAAGUCUUAAUCCUCGAAUCGAAAACAUGCCGUCACUAAUGCUAAAAGAAAUGUAUCAAAAUUAUUGCGAUCAAGAAAUAUUGUUACAUUAACAAGUUGCAUAUUAACAAAGAUAAGUCUUAGCUCCGUUCUGCAGGAAUCGUCUUAAUACUUAUUCUGUGAUCGAGUGUAUUUUAUGUUGAACGCGACAAAAUACACUUGAUCAUUGGUAAUAAUACAGAUUGAGACGCCGUCUAGAAUUAGAUUGAGAGUUGGCUGUUAAAUGGGGUGUUGUUAUAACCAGUGCCGGAUUAACCACAUAGCAAUUGCUUCGGGCCCCGCGCGAAAGGGGGCCCCGCAUAUUUAAAGCCACUGAUCUAUGCCUACCGUAAUUUUUUGAGUGAAAUCUAUUAAGAUGUAGUAUAUGGAAAUAACUUGACGUAACAAAAACGUGAAACAUUUUCUACUAAGACAACCACGUCAAACACUAAGUAGCCGACUAUUUCCAAUAUAGGUUUUUCAAGAACAGGAUUCUGCACUAUAAGGGCAGGUCGUAUAAAUUACCAUCAGCUGAACGUCCUGCUCGUCUUGUCCCUUAUUUUCAUAAAAAAAAAAUUGAUCAUGGGCUCUGAAAGACUGCUACGGGCUACGCGCUUGCUUAAUGCGGCACUGGUUAUAAAAUUAUCCUCAUAAUUUCUUUUAAGCUAUAUUUUUUCUAUUCAUUACGCUGAAAUAUCACACUAAAAACACUGUCAUAUUAAAUGUAUAUUUUUUUGUCUUAACCUUCAGCUUAGUUCUGUCUAAAAUCGUAAUCAGACUGUACUUGUUUCGAGAUAACUUUAUAAGAGUACUAGAGUAGGUGUAAAUCAUUGUGAUAACAUUGUUUAUUUGAUAAAUCACGCACAUACUUUCACUGUUCGGGUUUUAUGUGAAAACAUCCAUUACAUAAAACUCUACUUACCUAUAUAAUAUAAGUACUGGAUAUCACAAAUGAUAUUGAUAGCUAAUUUAAGAUUACGAAUUAUAUUAAUAAAUAUCUAUAAAUAAUUA